AUGUCUCUUGGACGAACCUUCAAGCUCAAUUCGGGCUAUGACAUCCCCGCCGUCGGUCUCGGCACUUGGCUCUCCAAGCCUCAUGAAGUUGAGCAGGCGGUUGAAGCUGCUCUUCGCCAAGGAUACCGUCACAUUGAUGCAGCUGCGUGUUAUCAGAAUGAGAAUGAAGUAGGAAAUGGCUGGAAGAAGUCAGGUGUGCCUCGUGAGGAGAUCUUUAUUACUAGCAAGCUCUGGAACACCCAUCAUCACCCCGAUAACGUGGAGGAGGGCCUCAACAAGACAUUGAAGGACCUGCAGACCGACUACCUGGAUCUGUAUCUGAUUCAUUGGCCAACUGCAUUUGCUUAUACCAACGAAACUCUCACGCCAACGGACCCGGUGACGAAGCGAUUCCGCUUAGCCGAUGUUCCGGUCUCCGACACUUGGGCCGCCCUAGAGAAGCUCGUCAAAGCGGGCAAGAUCCGAAGCAUUGGAAUCAGUAACUUCACAAUCAAGGCGACUGAAGAUCUGCUCAAGACUGCAGAGAUUCCUCCUGCUGCCAAUCAGAUUGAGGCUCAUCCAUAUCUUCUUCAACCGGAACUCUUUUCCUACUUGAAAGAAAAGAACAUCCUUCCGGUUGCCUAUAGCCCGCUGGGCAACAACAUCUUUGAUCUACCACGAGUUGUCAAUGACCCUGUGGUCGAGGAUAUCGCCAAAAAACUGAAUAAAGACCCUGCGCAAGUUCUCAUCUCAUGGGCUAUCCAGCGCGGUUCUGCGGUGUUGCCAAAGAGUGUGACGCCCUCGCGCAUUGAGAGCAAUUUCCAAGAUUUCGUCAUCCCCGAUGAGGAGUUUGCCGCACUAAACAAGCUGGACAAGAACGCCCGGUACAACUAUCCGUUCCGUUGGGGAGUUGAUGUUUUCGGAGAAUUGGGUGCUGCUGAAGCUGAGCGACGUGCUGAGGAGCAUGCUGCAAAACAGAGAGCUGCUUAA